AUGACCGGUUGACGUUUUCAACUUUUCCCUUCCAGUUGCAUCACGAACCGAGAUUGAGGGCCUGUCAGGACGAGAUGAUGUAGGGACCGAUUUGGUCUGACAGCAUUGGAAUAGUAUCGCAUUAGCAGUGAGUAGAUAGAAAGUUUGGCUAGUAGUGCUGGCUUCACACACCCAAAUUGGCCUUCUGCUUGACAGGGAACUCAGCAAAACCAUACAGAGAACUCGAGAGCAGGAGAUACAUGUAGGUCUUCAAACCAACACCGAGGUGCUGUCCUGCUUUCUCGCCAGUAACAGUUACGUCGUGUGACGUGUCGCGCACAACAGCCUGGCACUCUGCGUAUUUCCACUGACACUCAAGUAUCGAAAAGCCGAGGGCAUCGUCAAGUGGCAAACCAAAACCAGAGGCUUUUCUCACCGGAGUGCAGGUGCGUUCUGCCUGCUGAUUGCUUGUCCAUAUACACGUAGGCCAUGGAGGAUAAUGGUAUGAUGCCCGAACCCAGCUGCAAACCUCCUGCUCUUCCGCCGCGCACGCGAGUACCCUACCGACCGCUGAGAGCUCCGCCAUCACCACCAAUCCGACAUCGCCAUGCCAAACGCACCACCAACAUCAGAGAACCACUCCUGGGCCACGGUUGGACGAGCGGUAGCGGCUCCAGGCCACGCCGCCGCCCACUGCCGCGCCUUCCCGGAGCGCAGGAGCGCAUCGAGCUACACGAGUAUGCGACUCCGGAAAGCUCGGCUCCUCAGCGCGAGCCACCGGCACCACCAGAGCCGCGUAAACCCGGCUACUCGCCACCGAGCCAUGUCGCAAUGCCGACGAGACGACAUGAUGAAACCGGGCCUGGCUAUGGUCUACUGAGUGCAAUGCCACCUGGCAACAUUCGCCAGCCUCAAGUCAUAAGCCCGGCCGUUAAUAAAAAUGCUAGGGUUGCCACCCCUAAGCCGAGAGCAUACAAGAUGGGGUGUGAAGAGUUUGAUGAUCAGGAUCACCAAGGUGACGAAUCCCUUUGUGAAGAAAGAUCUCAGAUCAUUGUGGAGGAGACGCUAACGGCCGAGCCGGACACGGCGGCUGCACCAGUGACUCUGCCACUGGGCAGGAAGGCCACAUUCGUGACCAUCCUUUACGCCUGCUCGCUGGGGUUCCUCAUAGCGUCGCUGGUGCUGCAUUUGAUCGUCAAUAGUCGAUGUCAGCUGCAGAAUAUCAAGUCGGGCCUGGACUGUACCAACAUCACCACAGGACUGGUGACCAAUGCGGGUACCAUAACAACAGCCUAUCAGUGCUCGUGGCUAGGUCACGUGUGCUUCUCGCUGAUCAUGGUGACGAAAUACAUGUGGAUCUUUGAUAAGCCUGUGGCCAGAUCCAGUAUCUUCAGCCGUCUCAACAAGCUGCACCACUUCUGGACCUUUCUGAUAGUAAUGACAAUGGCGAUAACGUACGAAGUUUGGCAGUUUGCCCUGAGCAAUUACCAGCGACCGGUGGAGAUCGCAGACUCGUUCAACAUCGUCGUUUCCAUCAUCUGGGUUCUGUUGAAAUUGUCCGUGUUCAUCCUGAUGUGUAUUCUGAACUACACCCCCGAUCUGAAACCGAAUCUGAGCAGCUCCGUGCCGCGAUUUCUGUACAAGCUGAGCUUGUUUGUCUUUGCCGCGAUCCACUUCACGACGUUCCUCUCCCUCUCCGUGUUCAUCGUGCUCAAGCGCAUGCCGUCAGGGACCAAAAUACCGACGACCACCAGCACGGGGCAGAGCGACGGCGAGGAAAUACGUAAAGUCAUUGCGUUUGUGCUGCUCGUUGUCAACGCGGUUUUCCACGUCAAAAUGGUCGAGUUCUUUUCGGCGAAGGUCCUGUCGACCAAUAAAAACCUUCUGCACUUCGUCCACGAGGAAAUCUUCCAGAAUCGGCACAAGAUCAAUUCGCGAUAUUUCAGCGGCGUUCCGUAUCAGUCGUUGCAGACUUCUUCGUCCUAUCACUAGUCACUUCAAUCUGACGUUGUCUGUAGGUCUUUCAAGUCAUGGUACAGUCGUCCCUCUGUAAUCCAGCACUUUAUAAACCAGCACCCUCGAUAAACCAGCACAGUUUUCAGUAGCCAAAAUGUCCUCUUCAUGCACAUUGUGGCAUUAGAUCAGAUUUGUUAAUCCAGCACCCUUCCUAAUCCAGCAGAAUUUCCCUGGCACAAAUGGUGCCGGAUUACAGAGGGACCACUGUAUAUGUACAUGACAUACAUGAUUGUACUACUGUAUCAGUAUUGCACCGCACGUCAUUCUUGCACUUGCAACCAACAAACCUGCGCAUGUGUGUGUACACGCACACACGCACGCGCGCAUACGCACACACCUGUUUCCAUGAAACGUGUCAAGCGUCGGCCUGUGUUGUGCAAGAAAGUACUUGUACUGGCUAUGGACAAUAUUCCUCUGGUGAGGUCUUCACUUUUCAGUUUUCACUCUCCCCGGUUUCUGCCUAAGGAUGCCAGGCAAUCCCAGCACACACCGUAUUAUCCCCAAUACAUUACUACUGUAAUAGUGUACGUUUUCAAGUAUUUUUCAGGGAGACACAGUCAGCGUAAUCAGCCUGAAGAACAGAAUGCAAUGACUGUGUAGGCCCUCAGACUCCUCCCAGACAGGCAUCAGGUCCAACUAUGUCCACAAGUGUUUCCAUUGCCAUACAUUUUAUUAGCAAGAGUCCAUAACCCAAGAGUAUGCAACUGUGGUUAUGGGUGCAUGCGUGGCGCGCUGCCUUCAUUACGUAACUUGCCUUCAUCACGCUCUGAAAGCAUGCAUUCAAACUCUCAAUUUCUCGCACGAGCCCAUCCGUUUUUGCUCGAUUCGUUCCAGUACCUUCACAAUCUCUGAAUUCUGGCGCGUGAACUCCAGUUCCGUACGAAAGUUCAUUUCAAACUAGAGGGAAAUUGCGGUGUUUGAUUUUCCGCAGUGCGCGGACUGCAGCUGAAUGAUGUAAUGAAGGCAGCGCGCCGCGCGGUUGGCCCAUAGAAAAGAGAUCACAGUUGCAUACUCUUGGGUUAUGGACUCUUGAUAUUAGUU